AUGAUGUCAAUAAGAAGCCUGCGAAGAGUGUUUUCUUCAAACCCUAUUCCUGAGUCUUCCACAGAGCAACAAAAUGGUUUAGAUUACUAUCAAACUCUUGAGUUUUUCAAGCCUAUCAUUUCUCUAACUAAAACACCGACUUACUUCAAAAACAUUUCUCUGGUAUCAUUAUUCCCUUUAUUAGGAGGUGGAAUAUCAGUAAUUGCGUGUCCUUAUUUAGGCCUAAUGCCAACUUUACUGCCAGAAAUCGCAAAAUAUACUUGUGUUUAUGCAGCACUUCAUUCAACCUUUUUAUCAGGUAUUCAUAUAGGGCUUGGCUCAGUAUUUUAUGAUCCUAAUUUAAUGAAUGAAGACGGCCAAUAUAUUAAAAAGCAGCUUGCGUUUCCUCUGAUAGUGCCUGUAGUUAAUUGGGCAUUAUGCUGCUUUAUGUGGGCAGUCCCAUGCAGUGAAAUUAAAUUUUUAAGCUAUUUAGCUGCAAUUGGAAGUGUUUAUGUAGGGACUUUGGCAUUAGACACAAUGUAUGUGGUGCAAAGGAAAACAGUUCCUUUAUGGUACAGAAACUGGAAAGUUUGGAUGACAAUAGGAUCUGUGUCUGGGUUGGGACUUUUAAUAGCUGGCCUUUAUAUGCAUCCAGAGCUUAUUAUAAAAAUCAAAUAUUAUGAUGUGAAAGGUCUUAAUGAAAUACUUGAAGAACAAUAG